UCUUUAAUUAAUUUCCACACUACAAUCCACAAAAAUCAAAAUCUCCUCUUUUUCCAAAUCCUCUCUACUCUAGUAUUCUGAUUUGUUUUUUCCUCUUGUUUUCCUUUUUCUACAAAUGGUUCCAUCAAAGUAUGGCCAUAGAUUCUUCAAAUUCAGGAGCCCAGUUUGUCCCAGCAUGUUGUGUAGCCAAUUCCUUUUCUAAACACACUACUUUUCAUCAACACUAAUAAAAUCAUCCUCUUUCAUCCACAACUAUCUUCAACCAUAGCUCUAUUAUUCCCUAAUUAACCUUAAUACAUAGUUUUAAGUUAACCUUUUUCCCUUUGUCGAAUCAAUUAUACCAAAUGGUUGGGAAACGUUUGUAUGAGGUUUCAUGUGGAGUAGUUGGAAUGGCAUGGGUUAUGCUUAGCGUUGACUAUUCAAGACUCUUCUGGCUAUUGUUUCGUGUCUUCUCUUAUGAGAGUCAUGCGUGGAAGCCUCGGAUCAUCUAGCACUUCAUUCAUUCCAUCAAUUUCAUCUUAUAGUAAUCACCACAUAUACAUACAGGUUCAGAUCAUAUAAUAUAUAUCCAUAGUAAUAAGAAUAUGUUUUCUUAUUGAGUUUUCUAUUAAUUAAUAUAUAAAUAAUAAGGUGUUCAAGUUAAGUCAGAAAAUAAUUGUUGUUAGCUAGUGUUGUUGAGCUAUCUAUCAUAUCUGGAGCCAUGUACAAGAAGGGGAGAAUAGUUGGAUGCAAUAAUGGUACUGCUAAUAAUGGAGCCAUAGCUCAGUUUGGAUAUGUUGAGACUGAUCCAUCUGGAAGAUAUGGCCGUUUCAGAGAUGUUUUGGGGAAAGGAGCAAUGAAGGUAGUGUAUAGGGCAUUUGAUGAAGUGCUUGGAAUAGAAGUGGCUUGGAACCAAGUCAAACUUGGUGAUGUUUUUCAUUCACCAGACCAAUUACAACGUCUUUAUUCAGAGGUCCAUCUUCUCAAGAACCUUGACCAUGAAUCAAUCAUGACCUUCCAUGACUCUUGGAUCGAUGUCCACUCUAGAUCCUUCAACUUCAUCACUGAAUUGUUCACCUCUGGCACCCUAAGAGAGUAUAGAAAGAAGUACAAGAGAGUAGACAUAAGAGCAAUUAAGAAUUGGGCAAGGCAAAUUCUAAGGGGAUUGGAGUAUUUACACAGCCAUGAUCCACCAGUGAUUCAUAGAGACAUAAAAUGUGACAACAUAUUUGUGAAUGGGCAUUUGGGUGAGGUCAAGAUUGGUGACUUAGGCCUUGCAGCAAUUCUUCGUGAUAGUUCACAACAUGCACACAGUGUCAUUGGUACACCGGAAUUUAUGGCACCUGAAUUGUAUGAAGAGGAAUACAAUGAGCUUGUUGAUGUCUAUUCAUUUGGGAUGUGUAUGAUUGAGUUGUUCACUUCUGAGUUCCCAUACAGUGAAUGCUCCAACCCAGCUCAAAUUUACAAGAAAGUUACUUCAGGGAAGCUACCAAAUGCCUAUUACAGAAUCAAUGAUUUGGAGGCCCAAAGAUUUAUUGGAAAGUGUUUGGCAAAUGUCAUAGACAGGCUGCCAGCAAAGGACCUCUUGUUGGACCCAUUUUUGGCAAUGGACCAACUUCACUCACCACUACAAAGCCCAAGCCCAAGAUCAAGCCCAACAUUACUCAAUUUCAUUGCCAAAGAGAAGAAGAAACCUUCAAUCAUGACUGAAGAAACAAAGGGCACACACAUGACAAUAACAGGCUCCAUGAAUGAAGAGGAUGACACAGUUUUCCUUAAAGUUCAAAUUUCCAACCAAAGUGGGAGCACAAGAAACAUAUACUUCCCAUUUGACACCAUAAAUGACACAGCCAUUGAUGUGGCAAUGGAGAUGGUUAAAGAACUUGAAAUUAGUGACUUGGAACCAAUGGAGAUUGCUGAAAUGAUAGAAGAAGAGGUAUCAGCUUUGGUUCCAACAUGGAGGGACUUGGGAAAUUCUAUUAAGUAUCAAAGACAACAUAGCUUUAGCUAUGAACAAGAAGAAGAUGAUUAUGAUGAUGAUGAUGAUGAUGUUAGCAAUAAUCACAAUCCUUUCUUCUCAUUGUCUUCUCCCUCUUCCUCUCAUGGUUCUCUCCCAAUGCUUUACCAAAAUAUUACACAAAUUGGUGGAAACCAUUACCCACUUUCUCAUGAUUUGCCUCAAGAUGAUCCCCUUAUGAAUGAUGAUGCAAGCUCUCAAAGUUCUUUGGAUUCCUUCAAGUAUUCCCAUUUACACUACUUGGACGCAAGCAAUGAAGAUAAUGAUCAUGUUUCAACUCUUCUAACUAUCAACAACAAGUGCACAAGAUUUUGCCCUAGAGAAGAGGUGGUGGAGGCUGAUUUCACCAACCAGUUUUGCAACAUCAGAAUGGAUCCUUGCAGUAGGUACCAUAAGCCUAUGGUAGGGCAUGGAUUCCCAAGACUAACUAGGAUUCAAUCAUAUGUUGAUGUGAGGAGGCAACAAAUACAGACAUCAUUGGUGGAGGAGAUACAUAAAAGAAGGAUGUUCAAGACUGUUAAUGCCAUUGAGAACAUUGGAUUUCAGAAUCCCAAAUGAGUCAUCAACGUUUUCAAAGCUUGGUUUUGUCACACUCUAGUGACUUGGUUGUUUUCAAAAGUUGAAGGCUUUCUUAGAAAUUAAGAAAAAAAAAAUAUUUUCUUCCUUUUAUGUAGUUUUGUGUGUGUGUGUGUGUGUUUUUUUUUUUUUUUUUGCUUAUCACUUUUAAUUUGUUGUCUUGCUUUAUGAAGUCUGUUAGUAUAUUUGUAAAGCAUACGGACUCACCAGAAAGUUGCACAAUAUUGUGAAAACCUUGUAAUAUAUUUCAGUUAUGUCUA